AUGGAAAGAUCAUUCCAUCCUGGUUCUUGUCUAUUCUUAAGGGAGGACCUCCAGAGUGGAUCGAUUGGCGGAAGCGGCAGAUUGGAUUCAGUGCACCUGAAUCCUAACCACAGUUACCCACCUUCAAGAACCAGACCGGGAUCGAGCGAGGGGACCGAUGGGGCCCACUGCAUGGGUGUAGAGUUGUGGAGAAUCCCACCCACGUCGUAUUCCCCUAUUGUCGUCAUCAUCACGAUGAUCAUCAUCACUAUCACCAUCAUCAUCAUCCAUCAUGAUGGUGUACCACUGUUUGCCUCUUCGAGAGAGGAAACAGAUGAGCGGUACAAGGCUACAGACAGCGGAGAUGGUACACAGACCCUCUCCGACCACCAUGUACACCUGGGAGCUCGUAGCGCUGAGCGACACACAUACCGUCGUCAGACUGCUGUCCACUUGUGUAGCUUGACUGAAUGA